CCAGCGCUGGCUCCGGGGCUGCUCAGCAGGCUCAGCCCGGGGCUCUCCUGGGGACAAACCCCAACUUUCUGCCCGGAGCGGGGAGAGGAAGGCCCAGGGUGGGGGGAAGAGAGAAAAUCCACCCUUGGGAGGGGGGAAAGUAAGCGAGGGAGACGUCCGGCUUGAGCUCCUCGCAGAGAAAAGGCGCUUGCAGCCAGGGGAGAGGGGAGCCUGAACUUUUCUCCACUAGAAGAGAAGGCUCCGGGCUGGGGAAAAAGGGAAAGUUGAGCCAGAGGAGAGAGUUCCUUUGGUUGAGGCUCGGGGGGAAAAAAUUCCCUGCCCUCCCCCUCCCCGCCUGCAGAAAGUGUCCCGCUCCCUGCGCUCCAGAGCAGCCCCUCCACCACCAUGAAUGUCUUCCGCAUCCUGGGGGACAUCUCCCACUUGCUGGCCAUCAUCAUCCUCCUGGUGAAGAUCCACAAGUCCAAGUCCUGCGCCGGUAUCUCUGGGAAGAGUCAGAUUCUUUUUGCCCUCGUCUUCACAACCCGCUAUCUGGACCUGUUCACCACCUUCAUCUCUGUCUAUAACACCGUGAUGAAGGUCAUUUUUUUGAUAUGUGCCUACGUCACCGUGUACAUGAUCUAUGUGAAGUUCCGGAAAACGUUUGACAGCGAGAAUGACUCCUUUCGCCUCGAGUUCCUGCUGGUCCCCGUCACAGGCCUGUCGUUUCUGGAGAACCACAGCUUCACCCCCUUGGAGAUACUCUGGACCUUCUCCAUCUACCUGGAGUCUGUAGCUAUCCUUCCUCAGCUCUUCAUGAUCAGCAAGACGGGGGAAGCAGAGACCAUCACGACCCACUACCUUUUCUUCCUGGGCCUCUACCGUGCUCUCUACAUUGCCAACUGGGUCUGGCGCUACUACACGGAGAACUUCUACGACCAGAUCGCUGUAGUUUCAGGGGUGGUACAGACCAUCUUCUACUGUGACUUCUUCUAUCUCUAUGUUACCAAAGUCCUAAAAGGAAAGAAGCUGAGUCUUCCCAUGCCUGUUUGAAGACACUUCCACAAGAAGUUCCGAAGAUGAAGCUCUGAAGACCACAGCUUUCCUUUCCUGGCCCUUUUUUGACUAACGGAUGGCUCAGCCGAGUGUCACUCCAGUGCCAGGAAGACAGUGAGGCCUGGAAAGCUGCUGUGCUUUUUAAUCUGUUCGAGACUUUCCCCCUUUCUGUUUUUUUUAUUUCUUCUUACUUGAAUUUGGUGCUAGUUAGUGCUGGCCAAUACUGGUGAUGUAGUGCCAAUUAUUCUCUCCCAGCUCUUCCCAGCAUCUACCUCCAAAACACGCCUCCACCUUGACCCUGAGGCAGCACAAGGAGUUUAAGGGAAACUGUCAUUGCCUUUAGUCCUUUAACGAGUGCCGAGGCAAUGUGGUACCAUUAAGUCUGACAACAUACACACAAGCCACUGACCCAUGUCACACACGGCCACAUCUGCCACAGCAGAUGCUACAAACUCUUACUUUAACUCUGGAUGAACCAACAUCCUCCUGAAAGGUAGCUCUGCCUGACCCCCAUGCUAUUCAAGUCCCGUAACGUUUGGGAAAAAUACAUUCCCCUAUAAUGACAUGAAUCUUCUAAUACCACAGGUAUCCACACAUCCUCCCCACUCCCUUUCAGUGACAGCAGUUCCUCAUGUUCAAUUUCAAUUAAAAUUCAGUGGGUUGCCAACAGCUGUUUCCAACUCCUUGAAUUUGACUUUUUUUUUUUAAGAACUGGGAAGAACAGGGGCAAAGAUGGUUUUACACUCCACAAAUAAAGACGAAGUUCACAAUU